AUGGCCAGUAACGCCAAAUCCAGCGAAAUUUCGCCGAAUGAGGCGGCGAGAAAGGCCUACAUACUGCCCAACAACCGGAAGGAAAUCGAGCGGAUGAAGAAUCAGCAUGAAUGGAUCAAAGGCUCAUUUGGCGGCUUGAUUAAGGCCCCGAUCGAUUUUGAGACAAAGAACCAGAAAAUUUUGGAUUCUGCAGCUGCCGAUGGUACCUGGUUGUGCGACGUGAGCAGUUUAUUCCCACCCGAGACGGAACUCGUAGGGUUCGAUAUCGCACCAGAGCUAUAUCCGCCACCAGAAACCCUUCCAGCCAAUAUUCGUUUAGUUCUCGGCGAUCUGACCAAAGAUCUUCCUGCUGAGUGGACGGCCAACUUUGAUCUGGUCCAUCAACGUUUCAUCUUCCCAAGCUUUUCCGUCGAGAUGAUCGAGAGUAUCCUUGAAAGGUUAGCAAACUGCGUCAAGCCUGGCGGCUGGAUCCAGCUGGUCGAGCCAGCGGCGAAUGAGAAUGUCUCCGGUCCAGGCCCCUCAGCCUUCACCACGUUACACAAGAUCGCAAACCUGUUUAUGCAAUGUCCAAGUCCUAAAGAAACAGUCCUAUCGCAUCUAACAAAACUUGGAUUUGUCAACAUCAACGUCCAUUCAGUGGAUAUUGUCAUUGGCAAGUUCCAGGACAAUAGCGAGCUGGAUAUCCGUGGGCGGAAGAGCAUGCGAGCAGCAUUCAACAACAUCCAUGAAGUCCUAGACAUGUCUCAAGAGGAUUGGAGCACCUUGUUGGACCGAUUCGACCGAGAUCUGGGCACUUAUCGCACCGCCGUGAGACAUCACAUCAUCUGGGCUCAGCGACCGGACAAGGCAUAG